AUGGAUUCAGUUGCAGAGAUGGUGGUUGAUGGAAGACUGGUUUGUGAUGUUAGGAGAAGGUUAACAACUGAUGAGCAGCUAGAAUGGGACUUGUUGUGUAAUGCCCUGGGUCCAGUUCAUAGCUUAAAUGAAGAGGAGGAUGAAGUUGAUAUACUGGGAGGGUUUUCAGUAAAGAAAUGUUAUGAGGCUCAAGUGCAAGAGGUGGAGGAAGACUAUAAUUUUCAUAAGUAUUUGUGGAGAAAGAACAUUCCUUCUAAGGGUAGUUUCAUGUUGUGGGAUAAUUUUCAUGAUUCUUUACCAACAAGGAGUAUGUUACACCAUAGAAGAGUGGAGAUUGAGGACGUGCAUUGUUUGUUUUGUAAGGAGCAUGUAGAGACGGCAGAUCAUAUGUUUCUUCACUGUAAGUAUGCUUUUGAAGUUUGGUCCUACUUUAUCAACGCUUUUAAAAUUUCAUGGGUUUUUCCGUCGAAUGUGAAGCAAUUGUUUGAGAUGUGGAGUUUUAAUGUUUUACAUGUGAGGUGUAAAGAUGUCUGGUGGAAGAUGAUUUAUGCAGUUUUGUGGCACUUGUGGAAGGAGAGAAGUAGUAGAGCUUUUGGUGGAAGAGAAAUGGAUGUUGAGGAACUAUGUUUGCUUAUCAGACAGACUAUAGUUAUUUGGUUGUCGGAAUUAGAUGUUUUUAAGGAUUGUAAUGUUUCACAAAUUCUGUUUAUGUCGGAUACAAUACUUCACAUGUAG